UUCAUAAGCUUGCACAUCAGUGAUAUUCUAUAACGAAGCUUCUUUACUUUGGUGUAAAGGUUAAUAAUUACCAAAUUGCUAAGGCUUUUUAACGUAGAAUGCUUGUGAUCUAUCCUGGUUAUAAUCCAAGGAUUUUAACACACACAAGUCGUUAAAUUAACCCUCAGGGAAUUCUUACUUACCUUUGGUGGAUUCGAAUUCAUCCAACUUAAUCUUGUCUGUCAUGGUCGGCUAAAUUAUCGCAAAGUUCAUUUGCCUUUCUGUAACAACAGUUGCCGGCAACAUUGCACGUAGACGUAUUUGCUAGAUUCUAAGAGCAAUUUCAAAUUCCUUCGUUGAACGAUUUUUCAGCUAAGCUCGGAUCUAAAUUUUACCUUAGAUCUUCUUGGUAUCCUAUUAUUUAUCCAACAUCAUGAUAUUAAGGAUUUUCGUCUUUUUUGCCGUUAUAGUGUGCGGAUAUGCCCAAGUGCUGCAUCAUCAUCCGGACCAUCUUCAUAAUCCUGUCCAUGCGGAAAUUAUCACUAAACAUUUCGGUGAUACCGACGUUCAAGUCGAGCAUGACGUGAUUCUUUUGACAAAAGACAACUUUUACUACAUGGUCGGAGCUCACGAAAUACUGCUAGCUCUAUUUGGAGUUCCAUGGGAUCCAAAAUUUGAGGAAGUUUUGCUGCAAUUCGAAAAAGCCGCCAAACAGCUGCAGCAGGAACAUCCGUCUAUUUGUCUCGGUCGCAUGGAUGUUUCUGCCCACCCGGAAAUUGUCAAAAAGAUGGACAUUCGUGGCGAUGAGCCGCAGUUUAUGUUUUUCUAUAAAAAUCGGGCCUACAACUUUGAACACUCAUGGAAAGCUGACGCGAUCGUGAAAGAGCUCAUCAAGCGCCAGGAAGCCAUUUGGUAUCCACCGCAAAAUCUCCCGGAACACAUAACCGAAAUCUUGCCAAAGGACAUCGAAAAAAUUGCCAAAAAAGAUUUCUCCUUGCUGCUGUUGUAUUCUCCAACGAGACUGUCCAGUUACCGCGUAUUGAUGGAGCUCGAAAACGCCGCAGCUGCUUUAAAUCGCACGGACACGUUUUUUAAGGUCAACGUUGCCGAUGUAAAGGAUCUGCGGAACGAAUUUGGUGUGCCACCUGUGAUUAAAAUUUUCCGACGUGGCAGAGCGUAUGAAUACAAGGGUCCAAAAGUUGCAAAAGGGAUGGUCAAAUAUCUGCAGAGCCAGAUGCAGCCGCCAUUUGUCCGAGGUCUUACUCCACAAGAAGUUGAAAGUUUCUUGUCCAAACAUCAAGACAAGCCGACAGUUAUCGGGUAUUUUGAAAACGAGAGAUUGCCACAAUUCCAAUUGUUCACUGAAGUUGCAAACAUGCUACGAGGAGAACUGUACUUCGUCGUGAUUCGUCAGUUCAUGUCGUCACCUGGAUGGAAAGAUAAGGUGGAGGAUGAGCAGUGGCGAAUUGGCGUCAUGUUGCCUAAGCGUGAUUCGGAUCCUGAACUCAUUAAAGCCAAGGACGUGUCUAUAGCAGAGAAUAAUCUGAAAACACUGGAAGAACUCCUUACGUUCAUUGCCUUUAAAGCUGUUCCAUUGGUUGGCCACAGAACAAAAAAGAACAAAGACGGCUUCCAGUACAAUCGCCGGCCGCUACUAAUCAGCUACACUAAAGUGGACUGGAGCACAACGUCUGCAGAAAAAGAAACGCUAUUCGUGCGUCACAGGAUUGCGCAGGUGGCUAUCGAAUACCCAAUUCAGAAGUUGACCUUUGUUAUGUCGGAUGUCAAGGAAUUCAAAGAUGAACUUAGUCGAUUUGGUUUUACCGAUCUGGACCAAGAAAAAGAGCUCCGCCUGGGAAUUAUUGGUGCAGAUGGAGAAAUGUAUCCAUUCCAUACAGAAGACAGGAUCACAUCUGCCGAAAUAAAGAAGUUUGCCGAGGACUACCUAGCCGGCAAGCUUGUCCCAUUCCGCCGGUCUGAGAAGCCACUGACAGCCGAAGAGAACACCGACGCCGUUAAAGCAGUACAAGGUGCCACAUUCAAAGAGUUUGUUCUUAGCAAUCCCAAGGAUGUGGUCAUUAGCUUCUGUCAUCCACUGUGCACCAUUUGCGAGACCUUGGAGCAAAAUUUGAUGAAGAUUGCUCAAAAAAGUGAAUAUCCCAACACGGAAUUCUUCGCCAUGGAUACCAGUUUGAACGAUCCGCCGGCCAGCUACCGACCACGAACAUACCCAACACUGUAUUUUGCCUCGGAGAAAAACAAAACCGCCCCGAUCCGUUAUUCCGGAAAGGACUGGUCCGUCAAAGAAAUUCACAGAUUUUUAGACAAGCAUGUUUCACAAGCACGAGUGCUUUCCAAAUCUGAACUGUAAUAUCGCCAUCGACAUUUUACUCGAUGUUGACGUGUGGCAUUUCACUGACAGUUGUUUAGGACUUAUACAGUGUUAUGUGCCGGGUUUCAUAGCUGUAUGUACUCACUUGCUUUUUGAUUCUAUAUAUGUAUUUAUUUUUACAUCCAUUUAAUUGGGACUAAAGUCUCUCGAUCUACUUUGUUUUGAAUAUUUUUUGAGUUUUAAAUAUCGGAAAGUGACUGAAACCAUAAGAAAUCUUGAGUAAUAUCUGGUCUAGGCA